ACUAUUUAAUAGUUUGGCGCCAUUUAACAUAACCUUAACGUUUAUAAAAAGAAAGUGAUUUUUUUAAAAAAUGUCUCACACAAAAGAAGGGUUUGAUGAAACAUCACUACAAUAUGUGCUUCCUAUCUAUUACAAAAGAAUAUUUCCAUUCGAUUCGCUGUGCAGGUGGCUUUCAUACGGCAGCUGGCAUUACUUCGAAAUGCGAGAAUUCACCUUUGUAUUACAAGGCGAUCGUUAUGUACGUUAUUUAUCCUUUGAUAAUAAUAACGAAUUCGCACAAAAAGUAAAAAAGAAAAAUCCUAUAAAGAUUGACAUAGGUGCUGUGUAUAACAUGAAACCCAGCCUCAUAAAAGGAAAAACAACUUUUUUUCCCGAAGAAAGAGAAUUAAUCUUCGAUAUUGACCUGACUGAUUAUGAUGAUAUUAGAAGUUGUUGUAGUGGAGCAGAUAUAUGCCGAAAGUGCUGGAAGUUUAUGGUUAUAGCCUGCAAAGUGUUGGAUGCAGCUCUAAGAGAAGAUUUUGGUUUUAAGCAUUUGUUAUGGAUUUUUUCAGGUAGAAGAGGUAUCCACUGUUGGGUGUGUGAUAAAGCAGCAAGAGUGUUAGAUAGUGAAUGUCGUGAAGCUGUAGCAGGAUAUCUGGUACUCCUUGAAGGUGGUGCACACAGAUCAAAAAAGGUCAACUUGCCAGAUGAACAUUUACACACAUCAAUACAGAGAGCUUUAAGAAUCAUUGAUUCAUAUUUCGAAGAAGAUAUUCUUAGAGGACAAGACAUUAUUGGGACUGAUGAGCGUCUUAGAAACUUUCUUCAAAUAAUUGAUGAUGAUAUUAGACCUCAUUUUGAUGAAGUUUUAUCCAAUGCUAAAACUACUGUGGGAAGAUGGAAUGCAUUUGUACAACAGUUUGAUUACCUGCUUCAGAGACAGCAAAUUCCAAAACACCUUAGAAACUUAAAGGAGGAAAUUAAACUGCAAUAUUCAUACCCAAGAUUAGAUUACAAGGUUUCAAUAGGAAUGAAUCAUUUAUUGAAAUCUCCUUUCUCUGUUCAUCCAAAAACAGGAAAAAUUUCAGUACCAUUCAACCAAAAGCUAGUUGAUCGUUUUGAUCCAAUUUCAGUACCAACAAUAACAAGCAUUAUGGAUGAAGUAAAUGCAUACGAUGCGAAAACUAUGGAGCAAGAAUCAAGUGUUUCUGAUAUUACAACAGAAGAAAGUGUAGUUUCCAGAAACAUCAAAGAUAUUAAAAAAACAAGUCUAUUAAAACCAGUGACUAUUUUUAAUGAAUUUGUUAAGCAGUUAGAGAAGGAAUGGAGAAAAAAGGAUACCCAAGAAUAUGAUGUGGCCAUGGAAUUCUGAUAAUAACUUUUAAGUAAAUAGAAUCUAUACUUCUUCAUUUUUAAACAUAAAUGUUUAAGAGAAUGCUCUAU